GUACAAGAUACUCUGCAGAGAAAGGCGGUCACUGGUGGCAGUAUAGUGCGGGGCAUUAGGAUGCGGCGGGCAGGGCAGGAUUCAACAAGUCACUUUAUACUCCUAUCAAUCGCUACCGGGGACUACCGAGGCCGUGAUAUCGUCCUGACCAUCUACGGAGGCUGACAGAUCUGCCAAAAUAUUUUCGAAAACUACAUUACCCUCACUGUCAGUGACUUGGUCUCGGCGAACCUCACAGGUUCCACAAUGCGCCUGAUUAAGAACAAGAUUGAGCACGAUGGCUCGGGAACAGUCACUCUUUGUCCCGAGGAGCCUGAGGAUAUGUGGCACGCAUACAACCUGAUCCGUCCAGGCGAUCUUCUCCGCGCCAGCGCAAUCCGACGCGUCACAACAGUCCAAGAUACAGGCUCCACAUCCUCUGCCCGAGUUCAUCUGAACUUGUUAAUCAAGGUGAAGAACCUCGACUUCGACCCACAAAGCUCGCAGCUGCACGUAUCCGGUCAGAUUAUGAACGAGACUGCGCACACCAAAAUUGGGCAAUUCCACACGCUCGACCUAGAGUUGAACCGCAACUUUACUCUAGAGAAGGAGGUGGGUGCCGAUGGGGAAGGCGUUGGAUGGGAUAGCGUUGCGGUGGAACAAUUGAAGGAUGCGGUGGAUGAGGGCGGCAACCGGCGUGCAGAGGCUGUAGCUGUUAUAAUGCAGGAAGGACUGGCACAUAUCUGCUUUAUCGGCCAAUUCCAGACAAUACUGAAGCAGAAGGUGGAGAUGUCCGUGCCGAGGAAGAGGCAAGGUGGUGGGGAUCAUGAUAAGGGAAUGGGCAAGUUCUUCCGUGUAACGCUGGAGACACUUCUGCGUCAAAUGGACUUCAACACCAGCCUUACGUCCGGAGCCAAUAAUGAAGCCGUGCGCCCCGUUCUACUCGCCUCCCCUGGCUUCGUUGCGGCGGGUUUCCACAAGUUCAUUCAGUCCGAAGCAUCUACGAAAACACCUGGCCUAAAGCGACUACUCCCCAGCAUCGUGGUCGUACACUCAGCCUCCGGCUAUCUCAACUCAUUGUCAGAGGUCCUUCAAUCGCCCGCCGUCAAAACUCUCCUCGCUGAUACCAAGUACGCCCGAGAGACAAAACUGAUGGAUGACUUCAUGGACCAGCUGCGCAAAGAGACGAAUAAGGCUACCUACGGUCCUCGCGAGGUAGAAUCGGCAGUCGAGCAAGGGGCCGUCGGCCGCGGUGGUGGUGUAUUGAUCAUGUCGAACAGACUGUUCCGGUCGCAAGACGUCGCCGAGCGUAAGCGAUGGGUUGGUUUGGUAGACCGCGUUCGGGACGUCGAGGGCGGCGAGGUACGAGUUCUUAGCUCGGAUCAUGAAAGUGGAAAGCGUCUCGAGGGGCUUGGAGGUAUUGCAGCGCUUUUGACGUUCCCCGUUGUCGAGGAAGACCUGGACUCGGACGUUGACGACGCCGAUGCUCAUUGAACAGAUAUCGGCGCUUCAUAAUGAGACAUACGAUGCAUGAAUAGAAGUGAACUGUUUAAAGAGACAUUAUGUUCCAUCCUGAUUUCUCUCAUCAGC